GCUGUUGGAGAUGAUAAGAGUUACUUAGGACAAGCUUCGCUCAGUGAGGACAGAAAUAAGAGUUUGGAGUGUGUUGUUCGAGACCUGGUGACAGAGAACGCAUGUCUCCAGUCCCGUGUGCAGGAGUUGCACUGUAGUAAUCUUGCCAAGGACCACGAGCUAGCAGAGACUCAAAAUAAGCUAAACCAAAAGGAAGAACAGCUGAAAUCAAGUGAGAGUGAAAACGAGAAACUAAAAGAUCUGUUUAGAAAGAAAGAGGAAAGUAUGAAGCUGUUGGUUCAGGAGAUGAAGCAGCAAGAUGCCGAAAUUGCGCAAUCCCAGGAGGAAGAGGAGAAACCAAGCAGAAAUCUAUCUUCUUCCUAUCCAUGCCACAUCAGUGGACCUGGUCUAACGUCAGCCACAGUCGGUCAACAAACACACAUCCUACUUAAGCUAAUAAACGUUGAUGAUAAUACUAAAAAAGUGACAGUUACGGCCAAACUUGAAAACACUACAACCAGCAAUCUGCCUGUGCCCCCACCCAUAAACAGUACAUGGCAAUUAUCUGGGGAAGCUGAUGCAUCAGUAGUCAGAUCUCUAACUCUCAGUACAACGUGUCAUACACAGUACUAACUCGAGGGCAAUACAAGCUCCAUGUUCACAUUAAUGAGAGAGAAAUAAAUGAUAGCCCCUUCAUGGUGACAGCAUUUCCUGAUCCUACGUUACUUUCUCAUCCAGUCAGGAUUUUGACCGGCCUAGAAAAGCCUUAUGGCAUUGCCUACAGGAGUGAUAAGAAUGUGAUCAUCAGUGAAUGUGCAGGUCACAGAUUGUCUGUUUUCGACGUCAGAGGGCACAAGAUCUUAACAUUUGGUUCAGACGGUGAACAAGAGCAGAUGAGAGCUCCUGCAGGAAUAACAAUUGAUGUCAUGGACAAUGUAUAUGUCACUGGCUGUCAUAGACUGCAGAAGUUCUCCAGCAGUGGUAAACUCAUCAAAUGCGUUGGUCGAAAAGGAAAAGAAGAGGGAGAAUUUAACGAUCCAAGUGGAAUAACAUUGUACGCUGACAAAAUAUUUGUUUGCGAUCGAAAUAACCAUCGAAUUCAGGUAUUCGACUGUGACUUGAGCUUUUUUCAAUCUUUCGGUUCAUUUGGCAGUGGAGGGGGCGAAUUUGAUUCACCACUUGAUGUUACGUUUGACACCCUGGAAAACAUGUACGUGGCAGACUGCGGUAAUUCCAGAGUACAAAUACUGGAUGCCAGUGGUCGUUUCAUCCAAGUUUUGGGUGAGCAAAAUCUGACUCGCCCAUCAAGCCUUCACCUGUGUGACAACUACGUUUAUGUUUCUGAUUGGGGAGGCAAUCGUAUCGUAGUGUAUAAGACAUCGGGUCAGUUUGUGACCUCAUUUGGAAGUGCUGGUCAGCAAGAGGGAGAGUUUUAUUCCCCGUACUCUAUUACCUCUGACCUUGAUGGUUUUAUAUAUGUAUGUGAUUGUUGGAAUAACAGGGUU